UCAUAACCCUAUUGAGUGUUUUUUAACUAAAUUAACAUGGCUGGAAUGAACCGCCCAGCUCCUGUGGAAGUCACAUACAAGAACAUAAGAUUUCUUAUUACACACAAUCCAACCAAUGUGACCUUAAACAAAUUUAUAGAGGAACUUAAGAAGUAUGGAGUUACCACAAUAGUAAGAGUAUGUGAAGCAACUUAUGACAUCACUCUUGUGGAGAAAGAAGGUAUCCAUGUUCUUGAUUGGCCUUUUGAUGAUGGUGCACCACCAUCCAACCAGAUUGUUGAUGACUGGUUAAGCCUUGUAAAAAUUAAGUUUCGUGAAGAACCUGGUUGUUGUAUUGCUGUUCACUGUGUGGCAGGCCUUGAGAGAGCUCCAGGACUUGUUGCCCUAGCAUUAAUUGAAGGUGGAAUGAAAUAUGAAGAUGCAGUACAAUUCAUAAAACAAAAGCAGCAUGGAGCUUUUAACAGCAAGCAACUUUUGUAUUUGGAGAAGUAUCGUCCUAAUAUGCGGCUGUGUUUCAAAGAUUCCAAUGGUCAUAGAAACAACUGUUGCAUUCAAUAAAAUUGGGGUGCCUAGUGCUAUUGGAAGUGGAACUUGAGAUAGAGCCUAAUUUGUUAUACAUAUUAGCCAACAUGUUGGCUUAGUGAGUAAGUCUAGUGUAGCUUCCAUAGGAGUAUUGAAAGGCAGUUUUACCAGGCCACAACCUAGACAGAUUUGGCAACCUCUGUAUUUGGGUUACAGUCAACCUAUUUGGAUACUUGGCAAAAGAUUCUCGCUGUCAGCAUAUAAAAUGUGCUUGUCAUUUGUAUCAGUUGACCUUUCCCAAAAUCAUGCAGUAUUGAGUUAUGACUUGUUUCUAUUCCCAUGCCAGAAUCUUAUCAAUACAUAAGAAAUUGAGGAAGAUUAGGUGCCAAAAUACCCAGCACAAUACUUGUAUAUUUUUAGUACCAUACAGAACUAAAAUCCCAGGAACUAUGAACACUCUAGACCUUAUGUGGUUUAUUCCUUCAAUCAUUUCAAACAUUGAAAAUAGGGCUUACAUGGUUAUUUGCUCACUUGAUGUUUACAUCUCCCACACUCAUACCA